AUGUAUCACGUUGACUAGUCCAUGACACAGUUCGUUGAACGUGAUAUUUUGUUCACUAAACACCAAACAGCUAACUUCCCAAGAAUAUUUUCCAAGUAGACAAACGUGGAUUUGCGAGGCAUUCAAGUAGGAAAGUAGCCCUAUCACUGUUAGGUAAAAUGAUGUGCGAGUUCUAACCGUCGCAGACCGGCUUGCUUUCUUCUCUCGUAUAGUCUUAUCAACAGUGAUACAACUUGUUCGUCAAGAGAUCACAAAACAUCUGAAAAGUUUCAUUCUUUGAGUUAAGAUUUGUUUAGUAGCAGAUUCUCGCUCUCGGCGCAAACAUGUAUCUCGGAGUGGCUAAGCUAGUGUAAACAUUUCGGCCGAGUUGUUCAAAAUAAUACACUACAACGGUGACAUUGUGUUUAGCUUAUUUAUAUGCGAGAAAAGCCAAAACAAUGGAAAUCGACGCGGGAUCAAGUCAGGUACUGAAACCAAAUUCAUACGAUUCUUCAGUUCUGUUGGAGUGGAAAAAUCUCACAGUUAGCGUAAACAGUGACAAAUUUUGGAAUUUUAGAAGUGAACAAAAGGAUGCAAACUAUAUUUUGGAGGGUGCAAACGGUGCGGUUCGAUCGGGGAACUUGAUGGCAGUUAUGGGUGCCAGUGGAUCGGGCAAGACAACAAUGUUGGCUGCCGUUUCGAUGCGCAUGACGGCAGAUGACGUCCGAGGGCAAGUUCUCGUCAACGGGCGGCUGGUGAGCGGAACGCAGAUGAAGCGCUUAUCAGGCUUCAUGCCGCAGUUUGAGAUCUCAAUCAACUCGUUGACAGUUCGGGAGCAUCUCACAUUUGUGUCUAAACUGAAAGGAGUAUCCCGGUCCCAGAUGAGAACAGUUAUCAAUGAGUUGAGAUUGGAAAACUGUGAACUAACGAGGAUUUCGAAACUUUCGGGAGGGGAACGGAAGAAGGUCAAUCUGGCUGGAGAGUUAUUGACUGACCCGCAUGUUUUGUUCUGCGAUGAACCUACCACUGGGCUGGACAGUUUCAAUGCACUUUCCGUUAUCAGAACACUCCGGAAGUUAGCCACGGAACACAGAAAAGCGAUUCUCUGCACGAUUCAUCACCCGGCAUCGGCACUUUUCGAGUGCUUCAGCGACGUCAUGCUGCUUAGAAAAGGUAAAGUAUACUACCAGGGACCCACGACGGAGGCUAGGUCAUUUUUCAAUAGUAUUCAUUUCCCUCUGCCGAUAAAUUGCAAUCCUGCGGACCAUUACUUCAGACUGGUGUGCGAUUCAGAACAUGAUGAUGAGGAUGAUAAAGUUGAUCUUCAAACCCGCCACGAAUUGGUACACAACAGUCAAAGGGAAAAUAUCACAGAAAAGUGUUCAACUGUAGUUUAUCACGAGAGAAACGUGAUGAAGAAACUUGGCGGGAACAACCGUCAACCUGACUGGUCAACCCAACUCUACCUCCUGCUGCACCGCGGUGUCAUCGAUAGCACACGCAACAUUCGCGAAUACGUUAUAGUGACAUCUUUAUUUCUGAUCACCAGCAUUACCAUCUCGGCGCUAUACUUUCACAUCACUCCCACCAGCCAGACGGCGAUCCAAGAUAUCCGCGGGGCGUUUUUCCUCAUGCUCUGCGAGCUGCUCUACACCGUCAGCUAUGCCGUGUUCUACAUGUUCCCGCUGGAGCUGCCCCUGCUGCGACGGGAGGUGGGCGAACGGACGUACCGCCUUUCGGCCUACUACGCUCACAAGGCACUGUUGACGGUGCCGAAAGCGUUCUUCGAGUCGUUCCUGUUUGUCGGAAUUAUCUACGGAUGUGUGCAGUUUGCCGCCGGAUUCGGCACCUAUGUCGGAAUUGCUACCGUUUGUUCGGUGGCUAGCCUGCUGGCCGUCGCUUACGGCUACCUGUUCUCGUGCAUCUGCGGCUCAAUGGAACUCUCAAUCGAGUACGCUAACAUAAUCUUCUUACUGUACGCCCUGCUCGGGGGCUUAUAUCUGAACGUCCGAGCAUUUCCCGUCAGCAAGUUUAUUUCGUUCUUCUUUUUCGCCUCGGAGGGCAUUUCGGUGUAUUACUGGCGAACGGUUGGCAGCAUCACCUGUGAUCCGGGACGAAACACUACCUGCCUGCGGGACGGUCAAGCUGUACUCGAGGACUCAGGCUACCGAACCACGCUGGAAGCCAUCCACUACAACUAUCUGCUGAUGGUGGUCGAAAUUUUGCUCGUUCACUUUGCGGCCUACCUCAGCCUGCGAAGGUUCGUCAAAAGGGUGGGCUUUUACUAGUAAAAAGGAAAGAAAACAAAACAAUCCUUUUUUGGGAACUCGUUUUAUCUUACAGGACCAGUCAAUAUUAAACAAAGCAAGAUUUUUUUCCGGGUUCAGGUACUA